AAACCAAGAGGCUCCAGCAAGCUACUGCUCACUCCCGAGGUGCUUCUGCGGGUUCCCAAGGAAAGCAGCAUGUAUCCCAUGGCGUUGCUCCUGAGACUUUGCGGCUUGCUCUUGGCUCUCAGCAGCUGCCUUGUCUGGACAGUGCAGGCGGACUGCAGCAAGGACUGCGCCUCCUGCUCCUACCGGCUGGGUCACCACGCAGAGAUCAACCCCCUGGCAUGCACACUAGAAUGUGAAGGAAAACUGCCUUCUGCCAAAGCCUGGGAAACCUGCAAGGAGCUUGUGCAAUUGACUAAACUGGAUCUUUCUGAGGAAGGCAACAGUGCUCCGGGGGACAACAAGAAAGAACAGGAUGAGAACCAUUUGCUAGCAAAGAAGUACGGUGGCUUUAUGAAAAGGUAUGGUGGCUUCAUGAAGAAAAUGGACGAGCUUUAUCACGUAGAACCGGAGGAGGAAACAAAUGGAGGAGAGAUCCUUACUAAGAGGUAUGGAGGGUUUAUGAAGAAAGACUCCAAUGAUGACGCCCUGGCUAAUUCCUCUGAUCUGCUGAAGGAGCUUCUGGGAACAGGGGCCUCACAUUACCGACAGAUAAAUGAUAAUGAUGGGGAGGUCAGCAAAAGAUAUGGAGGCUUCAUGAGAAGCUUCAAGCGCAGUCCAGAACUGGAAGAUGAAGCCAAAGAGCUGCAAAAGAGAUACGGUGGCUUUAUGAGAAGAGUAGGGAGGCCAGAAUGGUGGCUGGACUACCAGAAACGUUAUGGUGGAUUUCUUAAGCGCUUCACUGAUCCUUUUCUCCCUUCAGAUGAAGAUGGGGAAAGUUAUUCCAAAGAGGUUCCAGAGAUGGAAAAGAGAUAUGGUGGAUUUAUGAGAUUUUAAUACCCUCCCCUUUAUCCCUUUUGUCCCAAAUGAGAGACACUGCCUCAUUGGUCAUAAUUUAUUGUAAUGUGUUGCUAGUACUGUACAGUUUUUUACUGUCCUAGUUAAUGAUGCAAUCUGUUGUUUCAGGUUCUGUGUUCUUUUAAGUCAAUAACUUCUGUUUUAGUCAGAUUUAAGUCUAUAUUGUAGUUUUCAUGCUAAAACUAUUUUGGUUACCUUAUCCCUUUUCUUUAAACACUA